GGUUUCUCUCUCAUCACUGACCAUCUCCGUCGCCGGAAGGAAGAAUUCUGCACAAGAAUACGAGAAAAAUCCCUCCCAUCUCUCAGUAAAUCAGAGCUUCAGCCGCGGGCUACGUCGUCGCUUUGGCCGGAGGAUCGGGCGGAGUUCGGAUUUAGAAAGUUCGUUGUUCCCCGAAAGAGCCCCUCGUACCGUUAGUUAAACCCAGCUUCUGCUUUCGCGUUCUCUGCUGCUUUGCGUGCGUGCGUGCGUGCGUGCGUUUCGUUAGCUAACCUCUAGCCCUCUCUAGGCGGGAGGUAAGGUGGUGCUUCGCGUUGAAAUUUCUCUGUACUCUUUUCGUUUUUUUCUUUCUUUAUGGGAACCGAUUCUGGGUUUUGUCCCUGCCGUGUGGAGGCGGGGGAAGAUGGGUCGGCGGCAUUGAGGCGAUACCGCUUGCUGACUUUUCUUGAUUUCUGACGCGGUUGAAUGAUCAUAGGAUCUUGAAACGGACUCCUUGCGUAGUUAUGGGUGCCGGCGUUUGAUGGUGCCGUUGUAGAUGUUGAUCUGCUCUUGCUGACUUUUCUUGAUUUCUGACGCGGUUGAAUGAUCAUAGGGUUUUUAGUUCUGUUUAAUCAAGAUGUUAGAACAUGCAAGGAGGAGAGAGAGAGAGAAAGAGAGAGAUAGACUUUUAAGUCUUGCUGGUUUAUGUAGGCUACCUUCCCAUGAUAGUGUAGGCAUGAAAUGGAACAAGAUUUCCAAUACUGAUAAUUGCUAGUGGAAGGAGAUUACUGAAAUAGCAUUCGAGGUGAUUGGAGGUGGAUUAGUUUGUUGCUCUAAAGCAGCUUGUCCGCUAGAGCAAUGGCAGGAUUUAAUGUUCCAUGAAACUGAAAUGAAGCGGUUGUUUCAUAAAUUUUAGGCAAAAUUCCUCAGAUGUGAGCUAUGAUUCUGUCUAGUGGGGUUUCAUUUGUGAUUCUGGACUUUAAGAACAAGACAUUCUUCCUCGCACUCUCUCCAUGCCUCCUUCCAACUGAGCCCAAGAACUUGAUUCAUGCAUACCACAUGAAAUAAGAAAUAUUGGACUAGAAUUGGCAAAAUCAAAUUUGUAAUGUGUUCAUUCUUGUAACAUGUGGAAUAUUAAAUCAAAUUUUGAGGGACUAUAAGUGACGUGUAAGAUUAGGUGUUGCUUGGAUACUGAAGGGCCCCUUAAAGCCAGAGGUCGGAAUGGACAGAAAAAUUGGUCGAUUAACCUGAGUAAAUACCUUCUUCGUGAAGGCUUUUACUUAAGGACAUUGAUGUCCGUCUUCAGAAGUCAUACAAUAUGUGGUUCUGCUGGCAUGUGUGGAAUCAUUUAGACAACUUGAGGGUAUUUGUUUAGUUGGGAGAGCCUUCUGACUGCAAAAGUAAAACGAGUUUCAAUACAGUCAAAAGUCUAAGGCUUGAGCUAUUAGCAGUUCUCAAAGAAAGCUUCAAGCAGAAUUGCAGAAGGAGAGAUUGGCUCGUUCGUGGUCGUUUCUGGUAUAGUCUGUUCCAGACUUCGAGGAAUCAGUGAUCAUGACACACAAUUCCUUAUUCUUCACUGCUGGAUGCCCUGGAGUUCCUCAAUGCUUCACUUAUAUUAUUAUGUGGGGUUUUUUAGAUCUGCUUGUUUCGAUGAUUCCUUCUGUCGGAGCACUGCUGAUCGGAGCUGUUCAACGUGCAUUGGACUGUCUUGUUGCCGAUAUCAAAUGGUCUUGAGCCUUGUAGAAGAAAUCGAUGUUGCAGUGUCUCCUUGCUUGACUGGCCAAGUAAAAUUCUUAGGAGGUUAUGGAAUGUCGCUAAGUUUGCUCAUAUCUGCAGGUGUUUCUAGCUUCUAGGUAGUUGGUAGUCUCAGCAGAGUCAAAUUAAAAUGGGUGAAGUAGCCAUUGAAGGGCCAGGGUUUCAACAUUUUGAUGCGGAAAACCUUCAGCAUGCCUCCUAUAAAGAGAGCCAGAUGGACAAUGAGUUCGCAGUCCUUCAGCAGAUGAAUGGGGAGCAGAUGCCUAUUGAAACAUCUAAAGGUGAUGCGAGCGCUACCAAGCUGCUAGAGAGUGGGCAUAUGCAGUAUGGAUGUCCUCAUUACCGUCGAAGGUGCCGCAUUCGAGCCCCCUGUUGCAAUGAGAUUUUUGAUUGCCGUCACUGUCAUAAUGAUGCAAAGAAUAAUAUCAAUGUAAACCAAAAGCAGCGACAUGAGUUGCCUCGCCAUCAAGUGCAACAGGUUGUAUGUUCACUCUGUGGUACUGAACAAGAGGUCCGGCAGGUGUGCAUUAACUGUGGUGUUUGCAUGGGCAAGUACUUUUGUGGGACUUGUAAGCUUUUCGAUGACGAUACAUCCAAAAAGCAGUAUCAUUGCAAUGGAUGUGGCAUUUGCAGAAUUGGGGGACGAGAGAAUUUCUUUCACUGUUACAAGUGUGGUUGCUGCUAUUCAAUCUUGCUGAAAAAUAGCCAUCCUUGCGUGGAAGGAGCGAUGCAUCAUGAUUGUCCUGUUUGCUUUGAGUUUCUAUUUGAUUCGAGAAAUGACGUGACAGUCUUGCCUUGCGGGCACACAAUUCAUAAGACCUGCUUAAAAGAGAUGAGAGAACAUCACCAGUAUGCCUGCCCAAUCUGCUCGAAGUCUGUCUGUGAUAUGUCAAAGGUCUGGGAGAAAUUCGACAUGGAGAUUGCAGCCACGCCAAUGCCAGAGCCUUAUCAAAACAAAAUGGUUUGGAUCCUCUGCAACGACUGCGGGAAAACGUCUCAGGUCCAAUUCCAUGUAGUCGCUCAGAAAUGCGCCCAUUGCAAGUCCUAUAAUACGCGCCAAACACGUGGCUGACCUUGUGGCUGGGACUCAAAAGGAAUUGUGAUGUUUACCAAUGUCCUUACAGCAGGCUGUAUAGUUGGGACGACCAUCGAGUUGGGUCGCUUGUGAGGUGUGCUGGACAUGCAAAAUGAUCAAGCAAUUGAAACUCGAGUGGGGUCUCGACCUUCCUUCUUCUUGUCCUCUCCAAAAUCUAUUCCUGGGUUUGUUUUAUUCAAUUCAUGAAAAUGAAGGAUGUGUAGUAGUUCUUGAAACUCGAGGGGGUCUCGACCUUCCUUUUUCUUGUCAUCUCCAAAAUCUAUUCCUGGGUUUGUUUAUUCAAUUCAUGGAAAUGAAGGAUGUGUAGUUCUUGAAA